AUGGCUUCUGAUUCUGAUUUUGGAAAUAGAGAAUUUGAUACUAGUACACAACCAUUUGAUGAUUCCUUGGAUUUGAAUGAUAAAAACAUUUUUAAUAAUGAAGAAACCACAUCAAAUGGAGAGUUUAAGGUAGACUUUAUUAAGGAUGACCUAAAUGUGACCAGAAACGGCGAUUCUGAGGCGAUAUCAGAGGAAUGGGACUCAGAUAGUAGCGAGGAAAUGAAGAAUUUCUUUACAGCAACAAGAGAUGGGUUCCCAAAGGCAGCAGGAGAAGUGAAGAGAGUGACGAGGCUGGAUUUCGAAGACUACCACAGAAGAAGGCACCUGGAAUCGUUCGCAAAAUCAAUGGACCAGUGGAAGGAGUUUGAAAGAAAGUUUGAACAGAAGGAUGGAAUGACGCCGCAAGAUUUCACGUUUAGCAGGCUUAACUUCGAUAGAUACAGAGACACGUACCUGAACAUCGACACUAAAAACCUGACGAAGCUGGACGAGUUCAUAGUUGACCUGAUAGAAAGCUACUACGAUAAAAUGGAAAAUGACGACCUUAACGUAAUAAUGUCAAGAUUGAGAAGGAAGCAUAAGUUGGCACCAUCGAAAAGAGAGAUAUUCGAAAGGCUAGAGUCUCUGCAGUGUGUAACACUGGACGAAGAAGAAGGGAAAGAUAUAUCGCAAGAAAAGCUUGAAGAGAAUCAAGUAAAGGAUGAAGAGAGAUCAGUUGAUAAAAAAUAUGAAGAAGAGAGUUCAUCAAGUAAUAGAAAGGUCAUGGUGGGAAGUAGGCUGAAGCACCUGCUGAGAAAUAAGGCAAUAAGAUCUAACUCAGGAGUGGUGGUGAUCACAGUGAUGACGAGUCCAGGAACGUUCAGCUGCUCAGAGGACUGUUAUUACUGCCCGAAUGAGCCGGGACAGCCGAGAAGUUACCUGUCGACAGAACCAGCAGUGCUGAGAGCAAACCAAAACGACUUUGACGCAGUGAAGCAGUUUUACGACAGAGCAAACACACUGUACAAAAACGGACACGUAGUAGAUAAGAUAGAAAUCAUAGUGCUGGGAGGAACGUGGAGCGGAUACCCAAGAAGUUACCAGGAGGAGUUCGUAAGAGACCUGUUCUACGCGGCGAACAUAUACCCAGAAAACCUGAGUAAAGCAAGAGAAAGAUAUAGCAUAGAGCUAGAGCACGAGCUGAACGAAAGAAGUAAGUGCAGAAUAAUAGGAUUGACGCUGGAAACGAGGCCAGAUAGAAUAACAGCAGGGGAAAUAGAGCUGCUGAGAAGAUACGGAUGCACGCGAGUGCAGCUGGGAAUACAGCACACGAACAACAGAAUACUGGACUACGUUAACAGAGGGCACAGCACGGAGGACUCGAUCAGAGCAAUACACCUGCUUAAGGAAAACUGCUACAAGGUAGAUAUACACCUGAUGCCGGACCUGCCAGGAAGUGACCCUGAAGAGGACAAGAAGAUGUUCAAGUACGUGCUCUCGAGCGAGGACCUGCAGGCGGACCAGUGGAAAAUAUACCCCUGCGAAGUGACGCCGUUCACUGAAAUUGAAAAGUGGCACAAGGAGGGCAAGUACAUACCCUACUUCGACGUGGACGCGAACCUGCUGAUGAACCUGCUCAUUAAGGCGAAGAGAGCAGUGCACCCGUGGAUAAGGCUCAACAGAGUAAUUAGAGACAUCCCGAACCCGUCAAUAAUAGCAGGCACGAACUACACGAACAUGAGACAGCUGAUACUCAACAAGAUGAAGAAGCUGGGACUUAAGUGCAACUGCAUACGAUGCAGAGAAGUGAAGGAGUCGGGCAUAGGAGUGCCGGAGCUGGUGGUGCGCGAGUACGAGACGAGAGGAGGCACGGAGUACUUCCUGAGCUACGAGAACGAGGAGAGGACGAUAAUAUACGGCUUCCUGCGGCUGAGAGUGAGCGCCCGGAGGGAGUACGACGAAAGCAUAUCGAAGUUCAGGUGCCUGACAGGAGCAGGACUGAUAAGGGAGCUGCACGUCUACGGAGUGGUGGUGGCACACGGAGAAAAAUUGGACGUCAACGAGCCAUCACAGCACAGAGGAAUUGGAACUAAUUUGAUAAUAGCAGCGGAGAUAAUAGCAAUAUACAGAGGUCUGUGGAGAAUGGCAAUAAUCGCAGGAAUUGGAACGAGAGAGUACUACAAGAAGCACGGAUACGCGCUCGAAGAAACGUUCAUGACGAAGAAACUGAGUCUUGAAGACAUAAAGCAAAGAUACGAAGGUUCGAAGCAAAGGAAGAUAAGAGUGCCUGACCUGAUAAGAGUGGAGCAGGUUAACCUGGAAAAUGCAUCCAUAAUACUGGAGCAGCCACUGCCAGCAAGAAAGGACCAUGUGAGUAGUUACGAGUUGAUGAAAAACUGGGAACACGAAGUGAACGUAAGCAAGGUGUUCGAGUACGCAGAGCACAACGAGGGCGUGCAGCAUGACUACUAUAAAAUGAAUGUAAUAGAAGAAUUGAAGCUUAUGGCCACAGUGGCCAAAAGGAGAGUGGACAGGUUCAUGGACGAAAACCCACUGCUGACGAUGUCACUGUGCGUAGGACUGUCCUCAAUGCUCCUCAUGGCGGUGGGCAGGAGCCGCAGAAGGAAGUAG